UGGUUGCAGCGCAGACGGCUGGGGCUGGAUCGUGGGCUGACGCGACUCGCUCAGUCAACGAAGCGCCGAAGAGGAUCCGCGAUACACCUACUCUCGGCCAGGACGGGUCUCACGGUGCUGUCCACGGGGAUUACCUAGUUGCGACCUGCAGCGAUAAUUAUGGCUCGUUUUAGGCAAUGAAAAACUAAUUUUGAGUACUUUUGUAGAGGAUGGUUCUGUUGACACCUUAUCCAACACAGAGCCCAGCCAGCAUGGCGAAGGGCUCCGUGUUGCUGUGGAGACGGACCUACGGCAGACUGACACCCAUCCUGCUCCUCCUGCUCCUGUCUGGGCGGCCUGAGGGAACCAGUGUAGGCCCCCCAGGGAAGCCCCGGCUCAUCAGCUGCCGAUCGCCGGAGAAGGAGACCUUCACAUGCCAGUGGGAGCCUGGAUCCAGUGGAGGCCUUGCCACCCAGCACGCCCUGUACUACCACACGGAGAACUCUGAAAAGGUCUUUGAGUGCCCAGACUAUGAAACAGCGGGUGAAAACUCCUGCUUCUUCAACAAGACCUACACAUCAAUCUGGGUGAGCUACAACAUCACGGUGGUGGCCAGGAACGCCCUGGGGAAUUCCUGCUCGGACUCCAUAGAUGUGGACGUGAUGAACAUUGUUCAGCCUCACCACCCAGAGAACGUGACGGUGACUCUGGAAGACGGUGACAACCCGUACCUACAGGUGAAAUGGGAGAAGCCUCACAGGGUGGACACCCGCUCCGGCUGGGUCACUCUCAGCUACGAGCUGUGUGUCAAGCGGGAGAAGGACAACAAGUCGGAGCUUCAUUUUGCAGGCCAACAGAAGCACUUCCGGAUCUUCAGGCCCAUACCCGGGGAGGUCUACGUGGUGAAGGUGCGCUGCAAGCCUGACCACGGAUACUGGAGCGAAUGGAGUUCCCCGGCCUUCAUGAAAGUGCCCGACUAUAUCCCCAGGGAGAAGUCCAUGUGGAUCCUCAUGGCCGUUUUCACCUCCUUCAUCUUGCUGAUCCUCGCGUGGGCACUUGUCCUUAAGAAAAGCAGUGUGAAACACUUUUUCUUGCCUCCGGUACCAGGACCGAAAAUUAAAGGCUUUGACAGCCAUCUUCUCAAGAAGGGGAAGUCGGAGGAGAUUUUCAGCGUCUUGAUUAGCCAAGGAUUCCCUCCGACGUCGGACGGUGAGGACCUGUUAGUGGAGUAUCUGGAGGUGUCUGAAGGCUUACAGCAGGACCCUGCACCCACAGCCCUGCCUGAAGCCCAGGAACAGCAAAGAGACCGGAGCCCCGCCCCCAUCGCCGAUUCUGGGCAGGGCUCUAGUGUCCAUCACACUUUGCAGGUGAAGUCCGGUGAGGAAUCCGGCACACGGAGCGUCAAACAGACGCCAGCCUUCAGUGGCCCCUUGGUGACGUCCAGCAACAGCAGUCAAGCCCCUAAGCCUGACGGGAAGGCCAAUACUAUCUCCUCCUCCUCCUCUUCUUCACGGCCGUCGUGUGUCCAGGGGACUCUUUAUGUUGCUGAGGUACUAAUAGAGGGGCUGCCCCCUGCCACUGAGCAAGAUCGCCAAGUCACGCCGGCUGGGGUUUCCCCUUGCAACUCUCCCGUUGAUAGUGACUAUACACAGGAUGAGUCGGGCCUCAGUGGAAAUCGCGGCACUGCUCAGAGGCCGGACGUCUCUCCUUCGGCCUUCAAGCCCACUGAGUAUGUAGAGGUUCAGAAUGUGAACCAGGAGGACAGACUGAUACUGAGACCCAAAGCGAAGGAGGACAUUGGGGACCUGUGGCAGGUGGGGCUCAGAGGGCAGGAAUACAGCAAAGUGAGCGAACUCAUCAACAAUCACCUCCUCCUGCUGGAGAGGGGAUCGACAUCGGCGGGCCCCAGUUAUGGUGCCACGGAGGGCCCGGUUGAGGGCCGUGCCCAGCAGCAGCCAGCCAAACCAACCCUCCAGCAGGGACUAAAUGGCUAUGUGGAUACAGGUAGCAUGCUGGCACCUUACUGACUGGCGCAGUUAGCUGUCUCAGGGCCCUCAAAAGCCAAUCAAAAUGAAUAAAUUGCAAAUUGAUACCACCCCUUUGACAAAAGGUCCAAUGGGGAGCAUUUAUCCGCACCUGUGUCAUUCGUGUCCUUUCAGGAUUUCCCUGUUUGUUUUUGCACUUCUUGAGAUCUCUGUAGAACAUUUAUUUGAUUAGAAAGGCCAACAUAUUACUCUCACCUCUCUCUGCUGGAGCAGACACAGGUGUUUUUGUCCUUAAUCACAUCCUGAAGCAGCAACAUCUUAAUCUGUGGCUUGGACAGCAGCUAAGAAUGAACCAAAAUGGUUCACAAAAUGAUUGGGGUGGAUUUCACUUUUUUAUAAGCAUAAAUACUUUUCUGAUGCAUGUUUUUUUUUUGGUGGGAUGUGUACAUAAGAGAGAAAAAUUAUAAGAGAGAAUUAAUUAUAUUUUAUUAUAUUAUAAGUGUUUGAUGUCAAGCUCUUUAACCACUCUAUCCUUUCCACUCACCGGAACGCCUCUGAGGACUUUCUGGUCAAACGUUGGGAAACGUGCACCAUCAUUCAGCUCUGGCAUUAUACACACGGGCGGCAAGGUUGAUUGGUCAAUGUUCGCGAACCCGGCCUUGCAGCCUGCAAACUGAAAAACCCGCUAAUCGCUAAAACAUCGGGCGUGUUUGUUAGCAUUGCAGGAAUUUGUUUUCCCUUGGGGUUGCACGCGUCGACUUGUCGGUUAGCAAGCCGCACUCACGCUACCACAUAUUUUCUAGGCGCCGCAGUGAUGUUUCAGCAGCUUUCAGAUUCCGUGGGAACACCACACUGCACUAAAGCUAUCACAUGACUUAUCGUGUACAGUGGGGUAUUUACACCACACUGCACUAAAGCUAUCACAUGACUUACCGUGCACAGUGGGGUAUUUACAUCCUAUGCACUGUUUCUAAAAUACAGUGGAGCAUUUGUACAGUGUGAAACAGGAAGUCUGGUCCUUUUACCUUUAUCGCUGUUUGGCAUCAUCUAAACAGCAUGAUGUAGGAUAUAUUUCUGUUUCUGUUUUACCUGUACAGCACAAGAAAACAUUAUUCCUUCAUAGCUCCAGUGUCAGCCAUGCCAGAGAUACAGAUCACCAGACCAAUCACCUCUCCAAAGUGCAUAAUUCAACACUAGGAAAAAGAAAUUUAAAUAUUAUAGCAGGACUCUUCAAAUCUGGACCUCAAUUCCAAAUUCAGGCCUUGUUUUCAGUUCUCCCACGUUAGUUACCGUAGUUUAAUAAUCACUGAUUCUGAUUGGUCAGAGGCUUCACACCUGGCUCAUGGGUAUAGGAAGGCUGGAAAACCAGCAGUGGACCUUAAGAACAGAUUUGUAAUCUGUAGCUGCUUGUACACUUUUGGAAGGACUAUCCAUAUACAUAUGAACAAAAUAUAACAUAUUUUUCUAACAAUAACAAAGUUGAAACUAUAUUGAUUAAAAUAUGUAAAAUAAUGAUUUUGAAAUGCAGUCGGAAUUGCCCAAUGGCCACUUUCAUAAUUAUUCAUAAAUCUUAGUUUAACACUUUCAUGUUUGCCAUGCUAUUAACAUCUUGCUUGAAAAUACCCGAUAUUACCUAUUCAAAUCUACACAUUAAUAAGGCUGACUGUGUAAAUAACUAAUAUUGUUUGUAAAAUCUGUUUUAUUUGUUAUUGGCUUGGCCAUUGAUAAGCCAACAAUGUGUGAGAUUAGGGAGUAAAUUAAAGAAGUUAUUGGAAUUUAAAAAUGAUCAAUAUGUGUAUGUAAUAUAUGCCAGCAAUACUGUCAAAAUCUAGAAUUAAGCUGGUAUGAGCAUAGUGUGUUGGUAGCAUCCUGAGCAAGCAGCCUCUUUUCCCAGCAUCAAAAAUGGUUUAAUGGGUUCAUAUCUACACGAUAAAACCACGGCUAAACAGUGGCGUUUGGGUCAAUAAGAUUAUCUUACUUAAGUCAUGUAUGUUUUGGAGUUCAGCUACAUGAAUCGGAAAGAAUUUUAUUAGCUACAGUGUUGUGAAUAAGAAAGUACACAAUUAUGUCAAUUCAUUGAUUUUAUAUAUAUAUCAGGAUAAAAAAUAAUCUAGUCCUUCCCAGGGUCCUACAGUUAUUUGUUUCUGAGAAAUGUUGGUUGCUUUACCUCUGGACAUUACUUACACUCGUUGACAUUUGAGGGUAUUUAUUUAUGAUCAGCUCUUGUAAGGUCCUACCACACAUCUCAGUGGGGCUGAUAUCUGCCAUUUUAAAACUUUGGUUUUUCUCUUUUUUACCCAAUCAGUUAUAGAUUCUUGGCAUCAUUGUAAGCACUGCCCUGUUCCAUAGCCCAAACUGCCAAAAGUUCUGCCUUUUUAGAGACGCUCACACUUCCUGAUCAUCAUCUAUUCCAAUACAUUUGAUUAGCAGUGGCUGCUAAUUAACUUCUUUAAUUGCCACAGCAGCAGAUAGGGCGCGCAUACGCUUUCCCAUGUGGCUUCCGCAUUUUGGGUUGCUUUUCUUUGAAUAAAUAAUGGAAAUGAGAAGUGUUACAUGUUUGUCCGUUAUCUGAAAUUUGUUUCAUUUUAAAAGUUGGGGAGGAAAUGACAUUUAUUUAUGCUCUGAUAUAUAAGACCAUAGAACUGAAUGAGGGUGUACAUUCUGUAUGAUAAAUACUGUUCAACGAUAUUAUAUUUCAUAUAAAGAAAUAUUUUCUGUGGACUUUCCUGUAAACUGUAAAAGUAUGUCUGACCAUGCAGCAACCAUGCUUAAAAAUGAACCAAGAACCCAGCUUCAGAGCAAUCUGGGCAUUUUCCAUUGACAGCAUGUGGUAUCGGGACUAGCAGAGGUGGAUAAAUCAGGUCCAGAAAGUAAAAAUCCGAACCAGGAUUUUGUUCCAACCAACCAGUUGAGCAUAAAAAAAAUCACAGUCGCAGAGUACUCCACUGGUUGGUUGAAACAAAAUCACGGUCUGGAUUUGUACUUUCUGGACCCAAACUAUCCACUUCUGGUUACUGUUUGUGUUUAAUCACAUUUGUGUGCACAGCUAUUUAUCAGAUUUCUUACGUUGCAUUUGUAAGGUUAAUCUUGGUUGCUACCAUAUUUGUAGCUGCCUCUGCCAAACAAGACUUCAUAAGAUUGACUCCAUUGAGGGAUGAAACUAUGUCAACAAGCCCAGUUAGUUCACAGCACCAAAACCCUAAUCACCAGCACAAAUACCUCAUGAGCUCUUCGCUGGUCUCCAGGGUAUGAUGUCAUAUUCCAUAAAAAAAAUCAGACGGAAAAUAAGCUGUGUUAAUGCUAAACUCAGCAGCAACAAUAGCCAAUUAACACUAGAAAACUAAUUAGUAUUAGCAAACCAGCAUCCAGGUCAUACCAUAUAAUUCUUUUGAGCACACCUUUUCUGCAUGGUAUAAGUGAAAAUCCAAAUAGAUAAAACAGUUAGUAGUGAAAACAACUGUAUGUGUGUAUUUGUGUAUUUGCUAACGCUAAUUAUAUAUGCUACAUUACACACAGUAAGUGUCUAACAACAUGGUUCUCUGGAAUUCAGUGUUUUUACUUUUGCGUCCAUAUGAAAGCUUAUUUAAAUGGAACUCAGUUGCAGUUUUGUCAGAAUGUUCCGUCUUCUGUUAGUUUAGAUCAAAAAUCAGGCCAUCUGGUUACAUUUAUUUGUCCUUCUGAAAUGAAACAACUGCUACUGGGAAUGGUGGAGCCUAAGUAUGUGUUGCUCUAUUCUAUCUAUUGUUUGGAUGUGUAGAUUUUGGUUAAAUUUCUUAUCACUUUAAAAAUAGCGUCAUGGAGAAUUUAGCAGAGGUCCAGGUGCUUCAUGCAGUUUGACCAGUUAGCUGCUGUGCUCUGCUGACACGCUGAAUGGCUUUGGCUGGAUGGACUGGUUAAUGUUAAACACUGCAUGACUACUGUAAGAUUAACUUUCUGUUAAAAUACAUCCAAACCACAGCCGAUGUUGCUCCAAAUGGUACGACUUACUUGACCAGCAUGAUGUUUUUGACAAGGACCAAUGAAAACCAUCACUUUGAGUUCCUCAUUUUAAAACACGCCUAUACAAAAAAAUACAUAGGUUCCAUAAAGCAGGAGUGUCAAGCUUCAUUCCUGGCAGACCUUGUUUUCAUUCCAUGCCCUGAUAUUAUCUGACUUGUGAAAACUGACUUUUCUUGAAAGCGCAGGAAAUGCAACUGCAUUAACAAAUGUAAUGUCUUGGAAUAUUUCAGAAGGGAUGAACCAGGUCCCCCUGCUUCAUGUCCUGUGCUUCAUGAAGUCAGCUCUAGGCUUACCUGGAACCUUGUACUUGAUGAGCUAUAAUGGGUGGAUGCAUGGAUGGAUGAUGGAAUAGCCACCACUAAGCUGGCCAAGGAGUCUGACACUUUUGAUAUCAAGUUUGAUACCAGUGGGUUGAGUCAGGGGACAUUUCCAUUGGAUGUUCAUUGUUCAUUGUGUGAGAUAUGCUGGAAGAGCAUGCAAGGUCUUUGUUUCUCUGUAACUGUAUCUGUGUAUGUCUAUACGUUAUGUCACCAAAUACUGAAGUACACAGUCUUUAGAAAAAAAACUCUUAAUUUCUGUUUUGAACAGUUAGUAUUUUGCACCUCCCUUCCUGUAUGACUGGAUGCACUUAUGAAGAGGAUCAGCCAAAAUAAAUUAAAUGAUUUUUAUAGUUAAACAGCACUUUAAUAAAUAGAUUUAUAUUUAAAUCUGUUUUUAUAUUAACUGUCUAAACUGACUGUUGAGUGUUGUCACAAUUUAUAAAUACACUCCUCACAUUUUUUUUUUUUAAAUUUCAUAAAAAUGUCUCAAACAAUCUGAUACAAGACUUCCAUUUUGGAUGUCACUCUGCUGUAGAUUUCUUUUGUAAAAGUCAAUAAUGUAAUUGUCAUACUUUCAUGCUUCCUAACACUGUUUCUUGUACAAUAGUAUACUGAAAACCAAUGUACUACUUUAUUAAAAAUGAAGUAUUGCUCAAUCGAAAACUUUCCCACUUUAAUACUGUUUUUCUGUGUCCUACUCUAUUAACUAUAUUUUUGUAAGAGUGUUUGCUGCACACUUGUCAUUUAUUUAAAGAUUAAUGGAAAAUAGUGACUGAUGAUUCUAGUCCCCUUACACCUUGGCUGAGUUUUGCUCCUGUACUAGAUCAGGAAUACAAUACAUACAAUAAAAUACUUGCUGUGUAUAUGUCA